AUGCCGGAGGAUAUUCUGCCUGCAUGUGAUCUUUGUUAUUCAAGAAAGGUGAAAUGCAAUAGGCAGCGCAAUUGCGCCAAUUGUGUCGAUGCUGGAGUUGCAUGUCAACGCCUUCGCCCCAGCCGGGCAUUGAAGCAGAAAUUCUCACCAAGACUCCCGGAAGAAAAUGUCUUUCGAUUAGAGGGAGCGACAUCAGAUUUACAGAGUGAGAGCUCGAAUAUCUCGGCCAGCAUCCCUGAACAAGAAGAAAAUGCUACUGCGAAGCGAAGAAAGCUAGACAGUCGUGGCAACGCAAAUACUCGUAAUGAGUGUAACCCGGCUGCUACCCCGGACAAUUCAACCCACCAUGCGCAGCAGGCCAAGCUUGUAAUACAGAUUGAGGUUGAUGGUAGACAGCUGAGUAGAAGGCAUCUGAGCAGCGAGCGGCGAAGGAUUUUCGAGUCGGCUGUGAAGUUAGUUGACAGAAUGUCAAAGGGAGAGAACUUGGAUUUGCAGGAAACUAUCGCCCCAGGCGAAUCUGCUCGUGAACUGCUCGAUAUUGAAGUUCCACAGACUCCUCCGGCGGAAAUAUUGUAUAUGCUUCUUCCAGAGCCUGUUAUGGGCGAUGGACUACACCAUAUUAGAUGGCCCGACCAUAUAUCCGACAAAGCUUUUGAAAGAAUGAUGACAAGUCUUCUAGAUGGCGACUGCAGGGGACAGCUUUUCUAUCAAUAUAGUAUCUGUGUCUAUGUGAAAGCGAUGUUUCACCUAUAUCAAUUGGCGAGGCGAUCGACAAACCCAUCGGUAAAGAAGCAGCUUCAGAAAUCGAAACGAACAUACGAGGCUGCUGCGCUUCAAGCACUCAAACAUAUCAAUCUUAUGUCGGCGCCCAGCUUGUCGCUAAUCCAGGCUCUCAUAUCAGCUGCUCUGUUAAUGCAACACACCACCAACAUAAGCCAAUGCUGGCUGCUAAACUCGUAUGCUGCUCGCCAGAUCAUCUCUCUGAAUUAUCAUAAGCCCUGUUAUCCGCCUUCUCAAUCAGGCUGUAACGAUGAGAUUCAAAGUGCCGUAUACUGGUGCUUUUAUCUCGACCGAACUACGAGUGCUCUUCUAAUACGACACCCCUCGUUACCAGAAGUGCAUGCGCCUCCUACAAAAUUCAUUGUUACUAAUAUGUCAUCACCCUAUAAUCGGGUAUUAUUCGUGCUUCUAGAUCUAGCAAAAGUUCAAGAUACAUUGUUAGAUGUAACACUGAACGGGGGCGACAAAUCCAGGUCUCGGAUCUUCGAGAUCUUUCAAGACGUUCAAGAGCGGAUGGAUAGGGUUUAUUCAAGUAUACAAGAAAGCCGAAAGGCAAUCUCUGGUCCAGCAUUAUAUGACUGGGUAGCUGCCGACUUUAGCUAUUAUGCAAUUUAUGUUGAUAUGCUUCGAACACGGCUAGGCUACGACGGCAGUCCAGCAACUCACUCCGACUGCUUAGUGUACUCGAGAAGAGCGCUCAGAGCAUUUCAAUACCUCCAAGAACAUGCCGAUCAUAUGCCGGGAUUUAAUGACCCAGAGCCCUCUUUUCUGACAUGGACUAUCGCCUUAUACCCGGUAGCCCCCUUCUUCGUUGUCUUUUGUAAUAUUAUCGCCACUUCGGAUGUGUCCGACUAUCGGUUAGUACAACAAAUAAUCAAGGGGCUGUCACAAUUUAAAGCUACCCCGUACUUAGCGCGACUGUUAAGUUUGUUGACGUCUCUCUUACACCUUUGUGAUCCCUUGGUUCAAAACAUGAAUUCCCAAAGCCGGCAAUCGCAUAUCGCGAGGAAAGAUCACUCAUCUACACAUGCGCCGCACAACCAUGUACCGAACCACGCAACAAAUGCCCCCGUCUUUGAAACAGAGCUUGCGGAAAGUUUAGCACCAGAGUUAUCUUCGGCCGCGUACGCCACAUAUAUGAGCGCAGAUAUCUCGGACCAUGGAUUGGGAGACGCAUCCUACCCAAUGGCAGACGAUCUCAUGUGGCAGUUGGUCAAUAGCCAAUUUCCCUACAGUUGGCUUGAGACGGAUGCUAUUUUUGAUAUUUUUUGA